UUAACCCGGGUCACUAACUCACCUCCGUUGUCUGUCUUGCCGCUUCCUUGUUGCCCAGACCGCUUGUCCGGGACCCCCCGGGAACCGGGGCCCAAAGAUGGGCAGCCCCCCCAAACCAGGGACCCCGCUUGGAGGGGCCCCCCGCUGAUUCCCGAAGGUCUCGACCUGGAGACUUGGGAAAGUGGCUCCGAAACGAGGAGGAGGAAGGAGCGAGAGAAGCGGCGGGAGAGGAAGAAGGACGGACACGAGAGGCCUCCCCAUCCCAGGGGCCCCCCAGAUGUGGAGCAGGAGGAGGAAGAGGAACCCCACGAGAAAGCCCGCAGUCGCCCCAACAGGAGCCAGGACAAAACCCGGGGCCCCUUUCUGCUGGCUGUGGAUGCAGAACCGCCGCGGGCCGGUCGGGGGACCAGGGAUACGAAGAGGCCUCGGAGCCACGAGAGACCCCCAAGGACGCCCCCUCCUCCUCCUACGGACCGGGAAGAGGAGUGGAGAAGCGGGCGCGGCCGCCGCGGGAAAGGGGAACGGGGUCCGACGCCCGACGGGCGAGACAGGCCAGCGGACCGAUGGUACGUCCGAAGCCCGUCCCCCAAUGCGGACCGUGGUGGGCGGACGGAGGAGCACGGUUCUCCGAGGCCCCCGGCCCAUCCACACCACUCGGACGCUGCCCUCCGGAACCGGCCCAGGAGGGAGGAUGGAGAAAGGGAGCCCCGGGGGCCACGGGCCUCCCCCACCUCCCACAGCAGGGGUGGGGAAGCCAGGCGCCCCCGGAAUCCAG